AUGGACCGUUGUGCAAGUCCUCAGCUCAGUUUUACUGCUAUAAGUCCUGCGCUAUUUUGGAUUAGUGAAACUGUCAGAACAUUGGGCUAUGAUAAUGCAGUGAUAACCACGCUUCACGAUAUGACGACGUCUGACUGGCACCUUUCUCCUGUCUAUCCAUCUGGAACAUCUCCUGAAAGUUUAUAUCCUGCUUCCGAUUACCAAUCAGAUAAAUAUCUAUCUACAUAUUAUCCUCCUACAACUACAGAACCUUCAUAUGCUGACUAUAUUGAUACCGGCUCAAGGCUUCCUUAUAGCUCACCUGUUUAUCCUACUGGAACCUCUCCAGCAAAGCACAACGUGCGUCUUUUCGAUGUAUCCCAUGUUACUGAAACUACUACUACUACUUCUACUAGUAUUGAUUGUACUAAUUUUACUAGUCAGUCGUCAACAGAACCUUAUCCUUCUUCAGUCUAUCCUACUGGAACCCCUUCUAAACCUGUUUACUCUUACGAUACCGAUACCGAAGAAACAAAUCCAAGCUGGCCAUCGACUACUUGUCCUGAUUUUACUGGUCGGUAUUCAACGCCACCUUAUCCUUCUACAGUCUAUCCUACUGGAACACCUCCUAAACCUACUUACUCAUACGAUACCGAUACCGAAGAAACAAAUCCAAGCUGGCCAUCGACUACUCGUCCUGAUUUUACUGAUCGGUAUUCAACGCCACCUUAUCCUUCUCCAGUCUAUCCUACUGGAACACCUCCUAAACCUACUUACUCAUACGAUAUCGAUACCGAAGAAACAAAUCCAAGCUGGCCAUCGACUACUCGUCCUGAUUUUACUGAUCGGUAUUCAACGCCACCUUAUCCUUCUCCAGUCUAUCCUACUGGAACCCCUCCUAAACCUACUUACUCAUACGAUACCGAUACUGAAGAAACAAAUCCAAGCUGGCCAUCGACUACUCGUCCUGAUUUUACUGGUCGGUAUUCAACGCCACCUUAUCCUUCUCCAGUCUAUCCUACUGGAACCCCUCCUAAACCUACUUACUCAUACGAUACCGAUACUGAAGAAACAAAUCCAAGCUGGCCAUCGACUACUCGUCCUGAUUUUACUGAUCGGUAUUCAACGCCACCUUAUCCUUCUCCAGUCUAUCCUACUGGAACUCCUCCUAAACCUACUUACUCAUACGAUACCGAUACCGAAGAAACAAAUCCAAGCUGGACAUCGACUACUCGUCCUGAUUUUACUGAUCGGUAUUCAACGCCACCUUAUCCUUCUCCAGUCUAUCCUACUGGAACCCCUCCUAAACCUACUUACUCAUACGAUACCGAUACCGAAGAAACAAAUCCAAGCUGGACAUCGACUACUCGUCCUGAUUUUACUGAUCGGUAUUCAACGCCACCUUAUCCUUCUCCAGUCUAUCCUACUGGAACUCCUCCAAAGGACCCGGAGUAUCAUUACCCCAUUGAAGAAGCAAUUACUACGACACUAUAUUCAACUUCUAAGCAAGAUAACCCACAAGACAAUACACAGCCUCAUUCAACUUAUCCCUAUCCGUCAGAGGUUUACCCAACUGGAACACCGCCAACGAGAACUGUGAGCGAUCCUGAUGAUUAUAUUACAGAAAAUACUAUAACUACUACUUCUUACUCUACUACUUACAAGCCAGAAUAUUCAGAAACUAAGAAAACCCUUCCUUAUCCAUCUGAUAUUUACCCGACAGGAACUCCUUCAAAGCAACCAAAUCCUACUUAUCCACAAAAUCCUUCAAUUGGUACUUCAUCUGAUGUUAGUGUUAAUUAUUAUGUAAAUCCAAAUUAUCCAGCCCUUUCACACCCGUAUCCCACUCAAACUGCUCCAUCACAUUCUCCCAGUCUUCGAUAUCCUCGCCGUCCUUCUCAAUCGUCAGUAUCUUUUUCUCAUCCUUAUCCUAUUAAAAAUGUUAUACCUCCAAAAACAUUUGGAAUACAAAAAACUUCAAUUUCAUCUUCCUUGGUUUACCCGACAGGAACUAUGUCAAUACGUAUUACUACAACUACACGAAAGCCAUAUACUCGUCGUCCUAGUUCUACUUUGUAUCCUCCGACGCCGUGUUAUCAAAGUAGAAUACCGUAUAAUUAUACUACUCUUCCUUAUCCCACUGGAACUCCUUCACUGAAACCAUUCUCUACUUAUCGAGUUGUAAUACCAAAGAGAACUACUACCAGAAGGACUACUACCACUACCCACCUAGUUUACCCUACCGGAGUUCAGCCUGAGACUACACCUUGUCCUACUACUAAAGUUUCUUAUGGUUCAAGACCUCAAACUGCGCCCUCUGCCGUGUAUCCUUCUGCGUUUAAUAAAGGUAAAAACAUAAAAGUACUGAAUUUUUUACGUGAAUCACUUAAAUAUAAUGCAUUGGUUCCAAAAAGAACGAUAAACAAUACAAAUAAUAUUAAACUGAAGGACUUAGUUGCCGCGAGACUGCGACCCUCGCCAAGCCUUAAAGCUUCCGUAACUACUAAAAGAUUUAGACCUGAUGUAAUACCAAAACGGACAAAUCCUUUUGUUCAACUUGGUAAAAGUAAGACAACUAAUAUUAUGGACUGGUUCAGUGUAGUUGUUAAAAAUAAAUUAAAAAAUAGUACAUCAGUAUUCUACAUUGUUAGUUCAUCAAAGGCUACUCAGAAGGGCAUACAGAAGUCCUUUAACUUCUUAGAUCUUACAUAA